UAUCUACCUGCCCCAGCACACACACACACCACACAAACACACACACACAUGACGCAGCAAGUUUCUCCACAACUCAAUCGUGCUGUCUGAAGCUGUAGCCACACACUCGUGCUGUCUGAAGGUGUAGCAACUGUCUUGCUGUCUGAAGGUGUAGCAACAGUCUUGCUGUCUGAAGGUGUAGCAAGUCUUGCUGUCUGAAGAUAAGUUGACCACCCACAAUGAGCAAGAAAAUCCUCGUCGUACUGACCAGCGUGGACAAGUUCCCGGCCACAGGCAAGCCGACAGGCUGGUACCUUCCAGAACUUGCACACCCCUACAAGGUCCUGCUGGACUCUGGUUUCACCAACAUUGACGUCAUCAGCCCAAAGGGAGGGGUAGCACCAUUGGAUCCUAACAGCAGUAAAGACGAUGACGUGUGCCAGUGGUUCCUCAAUGAUGCCGCGGCUCAGGCACUGGUCAACAACACAAAAACACCAUCCCAGGUCAAGGCCAGUGACUACGCCGCUGUGCUGUACCCUGGAGGACAUGGACCGAUGUUUGAUCUGGCAACAGACGAGACGAUUGCUAAAAUAACGGCUCACGUUUACGACCAUGGAGGGGUGGUUGCAGCAGUGUGUCAUGGCCCUGCAGGCCUGGUCCCCAUAAAACUGGCAGACGGCAGCUCUAUCGUCAAGGGCAAGAAGGUGACCUGCUUCAGCAACGACGAGGAGGACGCCGUCCAGCUGUCCGAUCAAAUGCCAUUCAUGCUGGAGACUCGCCUGGGUCAGCUGGGGGCAAGCUUCAGCAAGGCGGACAAAUGGCAGGAGAAUGUCGUGGUGGAUGGUCGGCUGAUCACUGGACAAAAUCCUGCCUCAUCGACUUCACUAGGCAAGGCUUUGGUAGCACAACUCAAGUAACUUCUCAUCCACAUUUGGGUGCAUAGAAUGAAUAAAAUAUAUUUUGAACUGUU